UGACCCCCCAUUACAUGAGAAACGACCAGAGAAGGACCACAUCCCUGGAUCAAUAUCAUCGAUCAUUUCUGGAGUAACUCUCUGAUGACCACUGAAGAAAUUAAGCUUUAACUAGAGCAUUUAAUAGAAACAAUUACAAAUGUGCUUUAUAGACAUUACCAUGUGUUAAGACUUCACAUAACAAAAAUGCUUUGAUCCAUGGGCAUUUCACAAAAAUACUUCAUCCAGAAGAGGAAAUACUUCUAGGAAGUUCAGAUAUCAGAAACUGAAAAUGGAGGACCACCUGAGAAAAAUGAACCCGUUUUCUUCUGACACAUCUAAUGACUUCACAGAUGGACUGCAAGAAAUGAAUCCAGUCCCAGGUAAAGCACAUGGCCACAGUCUGCUGUGUAACGUGUGCUCUGACUCCAGCAGUGGAAAACAUUAUGGCAUCUACACCUGCAAUGGCUGCAGCGGCUUCUUCAAGCGCAGCGUAAGACGAAGAAUCAUCUACAGGUGUCAGGCUGGAACAGGCAGGUGCCCUGUAGACAAGGCUCAUCGAAACCAAUGUCAAGCUUGUCGAUUGAAGAAAUGUCUCCAAGCUGGCAUGAACAAAGAUGCUGUGCAGAAUGAGCGACAGCCUCGAAGCACAGCCCAUGUGAGUCUAGACUCUCUAAGGCUAAGUGACCCUAAAAGAGAGCAUCUGGCCACCACGCAGGAGCUCACUUCCUCUGCUAGCUACGCAUCAGUCAUCUGCAGACCCCUGGUCACUUCCUCCGUCCCCUCCUCUGCCGCCAUGCAGCCCUGCAGCAACCCCAACAACUACCAGCGCUUUAUGGCCAGCCUGCUGACUGCAGAGACCUGUGCAAAACUGGAGCCCCAGAAUGCGGAGGAGAAUAUUGAUGUCACAACCAAUGAUUCAAAAAGAGAUCGGACUCCCUCUGACUGUCGUAUGUCCCCGUACACCUCCAGCUGCUCAGAGAGUAUAUAUGAGACAUCAGCACGACUCCUCUUUAUGUCUGUCAAGUGGGCAAAGAAUUUGGCAGUUUUUGCUCACUUGCCAUUUCGAGACCAGGUGAUUCUGCUUGAGGAAGCUUGGAGUGAGAUGUUCCUCUUGUGUGCCAUCCAGUGGUCCCUGCCCAUGGACAGCUGUCCUCUUCUGUAUCUGCCAGAUCUUUCUCCCACACAUCAGGCCAAGACCAGCCUGCCCAGAGUUGACCUGCGUGUCAUUGAAGAGGUCUUUAAUCGCUUUAAGGCCCUGGCUGUUGACCCCACUGAGUUUGCUUGCCUGAAAGCCAUUGUACUCUUCAAGCCAGAGACAAGCAGCCUCAAAGACCCGGAGCAGGUGGAGAAUCUGCAGGACCAGUCACAGGUGUUACUAGGUCAGCACAUCCAUUCACUAUACCCCAGCCAAAGUACCAGGUUUGGGAGACUAAUACUUCUGCUGCCAUCGCUCCACUCUGUGAGCUCGGAGAAAAUAGAGCAGCUGUUCUUUCACAGGAUCAUCGGCAACACACCCAUGGAGAAACUGCUGUGUGACAUGUUCAAAAACUAAGACCCUAAUGAAAACAAGCACACUGGAAGCCAAAUCCAGUUCACGCUCAAGAAACAUGUUUUCUGUUUGGUACCCAUUUACAAUAAGACUA